AUGAAUAAUUAUUAUUUAUACAUCAGAAUUAAACUUAUAAAAACAAAUGUUUAUACAACAUUCAUUUCUAAUAGAAAUGUAUCGACAGAAAUUACAACUUUUCCAUUAUGUUCCUCAUCAUCAUCAGCAUCCUCACCGGCAUUCAUCUUGGUCCUCAUCAUCAUCCUCACCGGCAUUCGUCUUGGUCCUCAGCAUUAUCAUCCUCAGAAUUCAUCUUGGUCCUCAUCAUUAUUAGCAUUCAUCUUGGUCCUCAUCAUCAGCAUCAGCAUUCAUCAUCACCAUUCAUCAGCAGCAGCAGCAUCAUCAACCUUAAAGCUUUAG